AUGGGCGCGCCGUCGUCCGCGUCGGACCCGACGUCGAUCCGCGCGCACGUGUGGUCGCCCUACGGCGGGUGGUUCGCCGAUCCGAAGGGCUGGCGACGAAACACCGCGCUCGGGUUCGUCGGGCUCGGCGUCUUGGCGUUCGCGACGUGGGAUUUCUCGCGUAAGCGGGAGAAGCGACCGAUCUAUCCGGCGCAUCGCGUGCCGUCGCAGAUGUGGUCGAACGCGUUCGAUGAGAACGGACCGAGGGCGAAGUAG